CCAUUCUAGUCUCUGUAGCUCCUUUCUGAGAAAGCUGGACCUGGGCCUAGUUGGCGUAGAACUCCUGUUUCCAUAGAAACAAGAGGGUCUGUAAAAGUCGAGGGAGACAGGAAGAGCAGUUUGCACUUCCGGCUUACGUCAGAGACGCGUACAACCCGGAAGUUGACGCAGCGCUGUUGCUUAUGGUUGCUCCAUGAGAGGAUGCCGCUGGUGGUGUUUUGCGGGCUGCCCUACAGCGGCAAGAGCCGACGAGCUGAAGAGUUGCGCAUGGCGCUGGCUGCCGAGGGCCGCGCGGUGUACGUGGUGGAUGACGCAGCUGUCCUGGGCGCAGAAGACCCAACCGUGUACGGCGAUUCUGCCCGGGAGAAGGCAUUGCGUGGAGCUCUGCGAGCCUCCGUGGAACGGCGCCUGAGUCGCCACGACGUGGUCAUCCUGGACUCGCUUAAUUACAUCAAAGGUUUCCGUUACGAGCUCUACUGCCUGGCACGGGCGGCCCGCACCCCGCUCUGCCUGGUCUACUGCGUACGGCCCGGCGGCCCGAGCGCGGGACCUCAGGUGGCGGGCGCGAACGAGAACCCAGGCCGGAACGUCAGUGUGAGUUGGCGGCCACACGCUGAGGAGGACGGGAGACCCCAGGCGGCGGGCAGCAGCGUCCUCAGGGAACUGCAGACUGCGGGCUCUGUAGUAAAUGGAAGUGCCCAGGCCGACGUACCCAAGGAACUGGAGCGAGAAGAAUCCGGGACUGCAGAGUCUCCAGCUCUCCUGACUCCAGAAUCGGAGAAAUCUGCAAAGCAUGUGUCUGGUGCCUUUUACUCUCCAGAACUCCUGGAGGCCCUAACGCUGCGCUUUGAGGCUCCCGAUUCUCGGAAUCGCUGGGACCGGCCUUUAUUCACUUUGGUGGGCCUAGAGGAGCCGUUGCCGGUGGCGGGGAUCCGCUCUGCCCUGUUUGAGAACCGGGCCCCACCACCCCAUCAGUCUACGCAGCCCCAACCGCUCGCCUCCGGCAGCUUUCUGCACCAGUUGGACCAGGUCACGAGUCAAGUACUGGCCGGAUUGAUGGAAGCGCAGAAGAGUGCUGUCCCCGGGGACUUGCUCACGCUUCCUGGUACCACAGAGCACUUGAGGUUUACCCGGCCGUUGACCAUGGCAGAACUGAGUCGCCUUCGUCGCCAGUUUAUUUCGUACACUAAAAUGCAUCCCAACAAUGAGAACUUGCCCCAACUGGCCAACAUGUUUCUUCAGUAUCUGAGCCAGAGCCUGCACUAACCAGAGGAGGUAGGGAGAAGCCAUGGCUUCUGAUCUCCACUCCACAUUAUUUCUCUGGGAAGAAUAGGCAGAAGGUCUUCAGAGCAUAUGGAUGCAGUACUGUACUAGAGCUGUCCAGUCCUUGGGUUUACAGCGUAAGUUGAGACUAAAGAGAAUGGAGAACUAUCGUGGCGCAUUCUGGCAAGUCCCUCCAGAGUACGGAGCUCAGGUGGACAGGGAUUGCCUAGAUCGGAUCCUACUUGGGAUAUCACAGAGCAUUGACCAUUGGUUUCCUUCAUCUGAGGCGUGGGAGAGCAGACUGGAUGGAUGAGAAUUGUUUUAAAACAAUUGUGAACAGAAACUGAAGAUGGCACAGUUCUACAUCUGCACCUGCCCUUUUUUGAUACCACAAAAGUAUUUUUUGAGUACUGUACUGACUUUUUGCUAGUCUCUAUUCUGGGACUGAGUUCACAGAUAAAUACAUUGGUGUCUAUCCUUGGGAAACUUUGUUUUUGUGGAAGUAAGCAAGUUAUCUACUAGAUUAUUUCCUCUAAUAAAAUCUUUAAAAAUAGUCUA